CACCGUCACCGGGCUGCGUGGAGAAGACGGAGUCCCUCUCCUGCUCGAACCUCUCCACCGACCACGGGCCAUCGCCUCUGCCCCGCCAGCCCGGGAGGACAGGGACGCGCUGCCCACUGACGUGUGGGUGCGUGUGCACAGAUCCCAGCCGGAGUGGCGACCCUCCUGUGCCCACGGCGUGCACUGCCUUAACAGGUAGUGAGCUCCCCAUCACCGGGAGGACCCAAGCAGGACCGCCAUGCAGGAGAGCCGGUACUCAGGGUUCUCGGGGCCUCCCAGGAAGCGAUGCUGCCGACGGGGGACCCUGCUCCUGGUCCUGGGACUGGUGACCGCUGCGAUGUGGGCCGGGCUGCUCAGUCUGCUUCUCGUGUGGCACUGGGACACCCUGGAGAAUCUGAAACAGCUGGAAAAGGCUGCUGCCCGGAACGUUUCUCAAGUGGCCAAGGACUUGCAAAGGCACCAGAGUGACCAGAUGGCUCAGAAAUCCCAGGCUCUUCAGAUGGUGGAAGAAGUGAAAGCUGAGCAGAAGAGAGUAAAAUCUCAGGACUCCAAGUUCUCCCAGUACCUGGACAGACUUCGAGAGGAUCUGAACACACUCAAGUCCCAGGGCUUGAAUGAGAGGCGCAUGGCCUCGGACGAGCUCAAAAGGCUCCAGGAGGAGGUGGCCAAGCUGCGGAUAGAGCUGCAGGUGUCCAACGCCCGCACCUCCGGAGUGAUUCCAAGAGAGACGCUGGCACUCGCCCUGCCCAUGGUGCCAUCCACGGUGCCCACCACCAUGCCUGCCACGGUGCCCUCCACGGCACCUGCCACCAUGCCCACCAAGGUGCCCUCCACACCACCUGCCACCAUGCCCAAGAAGGUGCCAUCCACGGCACCCACCACCAUGCCCACCAAGGUGCCCUCCAUGGCACCCGCCACCAUUCCCGCCACCAUGCCCGCCACGGUGCCCACCACUGCUGCCCCCAUGGGCCUCUCCUCCACCCCAGGCUCCAUGUGCAACCUGUGCCCCAAGGACUGGGUCAACUUCAAACACAAAUGCUACUACUUCGGCAAGGGGGCCAAGAAGUGGAUCCAGGCCCGGUACGCCUGCGAGGACCUGGGAGGGCGGCUGGUCAGCAUCCACAGCCGGGAGGAGCAGGACUUCCUGACCACACGUGCUAAUAAGAAGGGCUCCUGGAUUGGCCUUCGGGACGUGUUCGUGGAAGGGGAGUUUCUGUGGAUGGAUGGGAGCCCCGUGGGCUACAGCAACUGGUACCCAGGGGAGCCCAACAACCACGACCGGGGCGAGGACUGCGUGCUCAUGAAGGAAUCCGGGGAGUGGAACGACGCAUUCUGCCGCGACUACCUGGACACCUGGGUGUGCGACAGGCUGGCCUCGUGCGAGCCGCCCACCACCCUGCAGGACGGGUUCUGAGACGUGCAGAGCCCCCGCCUCGCCCUCUGCACCCUUCCCCCCACGUUCUUGUAACUGCCGGAGGGAGAGCAUCUCCCACUGGGGUGUGGCCACACCCCAAUUCCUUCCCCAUUUUUCCAACCUAUCUGGAUUUGGGGCACCAGGACGUUCCCCAGGUCACCAGGGAUCUGAACCACUGUUGGUCACGUGGGGCCUGGUCCAGCUGAUCCACCAAUGCGGUAAGACCCACCCCUGCUCACGUCUCCUGCUCUGACCCAAGCUGCCUCCUGACCAAGCCGGGCACCCCUGGUCUACCCGCCAUGUCGCACCCCUCGUCAGACAGAGCUCCCCCAACAGCCCCCUAAAGCCCUACGCAUAACCAGUGAGGGGGACCCAGCCGAAGGCCCUGCGGUUCUUUUUCUGGACAGACUUGUUCAGGCCCUGGUGCUGGGGCUGGGGCGGAUUUCCUCAAGUUCCUCCCCCUCCAACAACCGCAAAAUAUCAGGAAGGACAUUUCCGGGAGAGGCGCAAUCAGGGACCAGGGCUGGGGGUCCCCGGGGGGGAGGGAAAGGCUCCCUGAGGUGUGAGGUUCACUUUGACUUGGAAAAUACAUUCUUGGAAAAUA